UUUUUUUUUUCUACAUUUCCUAUUCAAACUCUUCCAUACACAUUUAUUUAGACAAACGUGCAAAACAGGUCAUAGGAAUAUUUAUAGGUUAGGCAGCAACUAAAAACUAGUCUUUGUACAAACCAUAACCAUAGCAAUAAGAGCUAUAACUGCCCCUUUUUUCUACCUCUUUCACGGCAACCAUUCAUUCUUCUUUUGUCUAUAAAUCGCCUUCAUUAUACUGAAUCGAAUUCGACAUUUAGCUUCUUACCAUUGAACCCGUUGCUCUUCUGAAAUCAUGGGUUUAUAGUUUAAUAUUUGGCAAAUUUUUAGUGAUUUUCACAUUUAUUUUUAUAUUUCUAUUUCAAAAAUAUUGUGAUCAGUUGAACCAUUAGUUAUACUCUCCUUCCUUCUCAGGACCUUAUAAGGAGAGGAACUUUGCGUUCUUAAUUAGCUUAUUUGUGUUAUAGAAAAAAAUGUGGAAUCUAAACGAUUCUCCCAAUCGACGAAUGGAAGAUGAAUCAGAAGAAGGUUGUUCUUCUCCUAUUGAACUUGAUGAGAAAGGUAAACGGGUCGGAUCGGUCCCAAAUUCAAGUUCAUCAGCUUUGGUUAUUGAGGAAGGUAAUAAUUCUGAGGAAGAAGAAAAUGGUGAAAAAGGUAAGAAAAAGAGAAAUACACCUAGUAAAAUAUUUGGGUUUUCAGUUAACGAUAACAACUUCUCGUCGGAGAGUGAAACGCCGGUUACUCGGCAGUUUUUUCCGGUUGAUGAGUCAGAAAUGGGAGGUGGGUCCAUAAAUUUUCCGACGGCUCAAUGGGCUGGAGUUCAAUUUUGUCAAUCAGAGCCACGUGGCACCACUAUAGUGGGAAACCCUACUGAGGUGUCUCAGCAGCAGCAGCAGCCAAUUAAAAAGAGCCGCCGUGGACCGCGGUCUAGGAGUUCGCAGUACCGUGGUGUUACCUUUUACCGGCGGACUGGCCGGUGGGAGUCACACAUAUGGGAUUGUGGGAAACAAGUUUACCUAGGUGGAUUUGAUACAGCACAUGCAGCAGCGCGUGCAUAUGAUAGAGCAGCAAUCGAGUUCCGAGGAGUGGAGGCAGACAUAAACUUUAAUUUGGAGGAUUAUGAGGCAGACUUAAAACAGAUGACCAAUCUAACCAAGGAAGAAUUUGUGCAUGUACUAAGGAGACAAAGUACUGGUUCUCCUAGAGGAAGCUCCAAGUAUAGAGGGGUGACUUUGCAUAAAUGUGGUAGAUGGGAAGCUAGAAUGGGACAGUUCUUAGGCAAAAAGUAUGUUUAUUUGGGUCUCUUUGAUACUGAAGUUGAAGCUGCUAGGGCUUAUGAUAAAGCUGCUAUCAAGAGUAAUGGGAAGGAUGCAGUUACUAACUUUAAUCGUAGAAUUUAUGAAAAUGAACUUAACUCAACUGAAUCUGCCGAUAAUGCAGCCGACCACAAUCUUGACUUAAGCUUAGGAGGUUCAAACUCAAAGGAAAGAAGCCGAGAUAUGGGGGAUAAUAGGGGUCAAAAUUCAUCAUCUUUGCAAUUAGAUGCCCCUUGGCAGCACCAAGAGUCGAGGUCUAAGCUAACUAGUCCAAUUGGUUUUGAUGCCCAAAGAAGAGAUGGGUAUAAUGAAACUGAAACCUUGCAGCUCUUGAGCCAAACGCAUCUAAAUUCUCCAGGCUUUUUGCAGCCUAAUAUUAAUGAAAUGCAAAGAAUUGGCCAAUUUAUUAGAUAUGGUGAAUCCCAUAUGGUUCAAGUGUUUCCACCACAGUUCAGCUCAUAUCAAAUUCAGUCUCCAAGCAGCAGUAAUGUAGGCCGAAUUGGGGGUACAAAUUCUCAAGAAUGGUACCCUAAUAAUAUUCCUCCUCAGAUAUUUGCAACUGCUGCAGCAUCAUCAGGAUUCCCCCAGCAGAUAGAGUCAAUUGGAAGUGAUUUUAAAAGUUUGAAUACGAAUUGAAGUAAAAACGGAAGAAUUUGGAGGAAGUAUAAGUUUGGUGUCCAGGUUCGUUCCAGGCACCAACCAAAACGCCAAGGGCAGCAGAGCACAAAAGUGGAAAAAGUUCGGUGUCUAAAUUGGCGUCAAGCGAGAUGCCAAAGGGCGGAUUUUGUCCUAAUUCAGUUGGGACUUGGGGAUUUCAACCCUACACGUCCUCAACAUGUAUAAAAGGGGUUCUAAACCUAUGUUUGAGGGGGAUCGAACAUACUUUGGACCAAGGGAGAGCACGGAGCUGCCGUGGAGGCCGAAAUUCAUCAGAUUUCAUCUUUCUUCCAUCAAACUUUGUAAUCAUUAUGUUUCUUUGGAUGAAUUGUUAUUUUGCUACCAUGUUUAUGAGGAGUUAAAUUUUGCGUUCUAGGGUUAUGGUUGUCAUGAAUAUUGAUGUUUAUUAACUACAUUAUCAUUAAUUCGAGUUAUCGUCUUUGGUUGUU